CGGGCCAAAACAACAGACGAGGAAGGAGGAAGCCGCCAGCGCAGGAGGGAUCGGGGCGCCUGGAGUUCGGGCCGCCGAGGGGGCCGGGUUGGAUGUGUGCAGCCCAAAAGGGCUGGAGCAGUACCAUGGUGCAGCCGGGCAGCAGUGACUGCAGCAUGAUGGGAGACGAUUCCUCCCUGAGCAGAGGUGCCACCCCCCACCUGCCGGCUGAACUGGCAGGACAUGAGGUGGUCCAGCACUUCCUGGCUGAGAACAGAGACCUCAAAGAAGCCAUCCGGCAAAGUAACCACAUGCUACGGGGGCGCUACCAGGAGUUCCUGCAGUUCCAGGCUUCCCACAAGGAGGAAAAGGAUUUCCUCAUGCGCAAAUUCCAGGAGGCUCGGAUCGUCGUGGAGAGCUUGCAGUUGGAGCGUGCGGAGCUGAGGAUGCAGCUGGAGCAGGCCGUGCAGGAGCUGGGGCCGCUGAAGAGCCAACAGGUGACCGGGCGGGGUCUUUCCUGCAGCCCGCCUCUCCCUUGCUCCUCUACUACUUCCCGGCCAUCUCUUCCAGACCUGGGGGCCUCUGGAGCACAGGAAGAGCCAGACACUGUGACCCUUACUCAAGAGGAGGCCAUACUUGCUCUGGUCCCUGAAAUGCAGACACAGCCGAAGGAGGGUCCGGAGGAAGAUUUGAAGGCACUCCAAGAAGCCAACCAGGCCCUACAGGAGGAGAAGCUAGCCCUGCAAGCCGAGAUCUGCAUGCUGAAACAGGCAGGGGAUAUCUCGGUACCCACAGCAGAGUCUGAAAUAAAGAUCAAAGAGAAUGGUCUUCCAGUAGAGCGCCCCCUGGAGCUGGAGUCCCUGCAGGGUGCGGGGGAUGACAGAAAGAGUCACGGCGGGGACCAAGCUCAGCAGCUGGACCAGAAGCUGAAGGAGGCGGAGGAGGAGAGAGCAGCCCUUUGUCAACAGCUUACAUCAGCCCAGGAGGAGCUGGCCCGCUUGGCGACACGGCAGCAAGAGACCCAGCAGCAGUUGCAGCAGGUUGGCGAGGACAAGGCCUCCCUCAAAGCCCAGGUGACUUCUCUGCUGGGGGAGCUGCAAGAGAGCCAGAGCCGCCUGGAGUCCAGCACGCAGGAGAAGAAGGAGCUUGAGAAAAGGGUCCGUGGGGCUGGCGAGCGACUGCAGCACCUGGAACGGGAGGCAGAGGCCCGCGGCAAACAGCACAGCGUUCAGGUGGAUCAGCUGCGGCUGAAGGUGCAAGACCUGGAAAGUGCCUUGCGAGUGGAGCGGCAGAGUGCCACGGAGGAGAAGAAGAAACUCGCCCAGCUCCAGGGGGCUUACCACCAACUCUUCCAGGAGUAUGAUGCCCACAUCAAAGCCAGCAUGGAGAAUGAGAAACGAAGCAAGGUCUUGGAUCUGCAGGCUGCUGAACUGUCAGAGCAGCUGCAGCAAGCCGAGGAGGCCCUGGUGGUCAAGCAGGAACUCAUCGACAAGCUGAAGGAGGAGGCCGAGCAGCACAAAGCCAUCAUGGAAACGGUGCCCGUGCUGAAGGCACAGGCAGAAAUCUACAAGACGGACUUCUUGGCCGAACGCCAGGCCCGCGAGAAGCUCCACGAACAGCGAGAGGCCCUGCUGGAGCAGCUGGCACAACUGCAGCGCGACUGUGAGAAGCUGAAAGCCGACUCGGAGGGAGCCAGCAGGGCUCUGAUGGAGGAGAUGAGGAAUCGUCAUGCAGAGAUGCGCCCCCCACCUUCUCAGCAACCUUACAUGAUGGGUGUUGCCCCGUUCCACCCACAGCUUACCCCGGGGCCAAGGCAGAGCAUUGUCGAAGAGCAGCCAGUCUACUGUUGUCCCAAGUGCCAGUACAAGGCUCCAGACAUGGACACGCUACAAAUCCAUAUCAUGGACUGCAUCCUGUGACAGCAAUGAAGGAAGAGUUCCAGCCUGUGAUUUGUGCUUUCGCUGCGUUACCUUAAUUGGAGCCAGCAGUUCAUCAGCUGCUACAAGUUGACCUUGGAUGAUUUGCUCCCCGCCCCCCUCCAAAUUAAUUUUUCUUCUCCUACACUUGUGGCUGAGCCUGCUGCUGUCCUUUAGGGCUCAGCUGCACUAGCAGCUGUGGGGAGAAGGGUUUUGCACUGUUCCUAGUUCAUUAUGGACAACGUUGUGGUCUGCUGUAGAGCAAGGGCGAUGCCGUCACUGGUGGGGGCUGGGUUCAUUCAGGGUAAACAAGCACUGACGGGGACUCUCAUCUUAGGUGUGGUAAGAGAAAUUCCCUCUUCCUACCUCCCAUGUACCUUCCAGAUCACAAGAACCACCUUCUAGCGGACCCUAUAAGUGCCUUAAACAUUUCCUCAGCCCAACUGCGAUGAGGCAGAAAAUGCAUAGAAAAUACAAAGGGGCACAGACUUUUCCCUCUGCUUUCUGAGAGCUGCUAGUUCUGGUGAGUUACCAACAUUUCCGCAGCCACUAGAGAGCCACUGUAUGAUGCUUACCUACAGCUAAUUAAAGCAAACUUC